AAGAGGAUGUCGAGUUGACCACUGCAUAGUGUAAUUCGACGACGGAUGCACAAGUUGGUGUUCAACAAAAAAAAAAAGGUUAUGGGAGAGGAUAUUCGAGAAUUUUAUUAUGCUUAUGCAAGACAACCAUGGAUUUAGAAGAUCAGAAAAUAAGAGAACACCGGGAGCCUGUGAGAACUGGAUGCUGGAAAUUCGAUCCAAAUGUAGUAUAUGGUCGGCCAUACGAUUUCAGGCAGAGCCAAGUUAUCGGAGCCGAUGGAGCCUAAUUUCUAUGAUGGCUUCAAUAGAAAAAUUGGAAGAAUUAGAUCGGGACAACAUAUGCACCGCACCGAUUACGAAGAGAGACUGUACAAAAUGCAAGAGGGGAUUGAAAUCAAUUCUUCAAGCGAUUGACGAAGCAAGUCCUCCAAAUGCCGAUGGGACCGAUACAAGUGGUAGGCGUGCUAAGAGUAGGAAAAGACUUUUCAAUGAGACCAGUGGUUCAGAAUAUUCCUCUGAGAAAUGAACAACGUAA